AUGAGAAGAAAAGCAACUUUUGAAUUUACUGGAUGUUUUGAUAUUUCAUCGGAAAUACCUCACGGAGUGAUUGCCAUCGAUAAUUUCGAACAUUUUCAUUCCGUGAUGGAGCAAAAUAAUACUGGCCAACAGUCAUCGCCAUUGCUGAUGAAAGGAUGUAACAGAAAGGACAAACGAAGAUCAUCUCAACAAAGCGGAUUGGCAUAUUAUCAAUACUACUUCCUUUCACAUUUUCAUUCCGAUCACUUUAAAGGCUUGCAUGACAAGUUCUUUCAACAUGCGACAACAAGUGAAGAAACUUGUAUUGUUUGUCAUCCAAUAACAAAAACCUUAUUACUGUCUCAAUUCCCAAACUUGGAUAAGGAUAGAAUUCUCACUAUUGAACUACAUCAACCAACACUAUUGCCUAUAUCGCACAAAUUUACUAACCAUACUCACGACAAGGAAAAUGAUCCUCAGAAUCAUUUACCCUCUAACAAUAAGGUAAAGGAUGCUUUAUCUAGAUCACAAGUAAGAAACUUCACAGUUACACUACUAACUUCUAAUCAUUGCGUUGGAAGCACCAUGUUUUUAUUUGAGAUUCAAAAAGGUCUUCACAAGGAAGCCAUAUUGUAUACAGGAGAUUUUCGAAACGUGUCCACAGAAACGACCACUUUCUUAAAAUCACAAAAAUUGUCCAAAGUUUAUAUUGAUGAUACCUUUUGUGAUGAAACUAAUUUUUCUGAUUUGCCUACGCGCUCACAAAGCAUUAGAAAUAGAAGAAAAGAAAUAGACGUAAUGGAUGCACUCAAAGAAAAAGUCUUCACUUCAAAUAAGGACGAAACAUUUUUGAGAGUAGUCUCCAAAGACACCCUGAAAUCUCUGGCAAGUUUACUUUUGAAAGAGGUCGAUAAACCUCUCUUUAUUCAAGUUUCCACCAUGUGGUUGAAGUAUCUGAACAAGGAAACUUGUGGAAUGGCUGGAAAGAGCGAAGAUAUUACUUGUAAACUAACAAAUGAUGGAAUUUGGAAAGUGCUGUACUCGUUCCACUCGUCAAGAAAUGAAAUGUUGCACUUUUUGGCCAGCAUUUCAACAAAUUCGACUACCAUUCCUUCAAUCAUCUCGUUGAACCCACAAUCCAAAUACAUCCGAGGACUUGUUGAAAGUCUUAAACAGCAAAUGAGCAAGAAACAGCAGGUAUUAAUAGUUAACGAAGACGGCUACGAUUAUUCGUUUUUCGAAACAAGUGCUGAGCUCUUCAAGGAAGAGUUUAUUACAUUCAGUCACAGCUCUCUCACACAAAAGGACAAUACCUUUUCGUCCCAAUCAUUCAACGAAGACAGCCAACCCAGAUCACAAAGCAGUAACAAUUCAGAUCUUUCACCCAUCUCCAAUUCUUAUACUAUUUCUUCUCUUGAAACUGAGCCAUAUAGCGCAAUACCUGAUGAAGUUUUCGAUCCAGAACAAUUAUUCUCUGAGAUUUCUCAGGGUCAAGACGAAGAAGAAAGAACACCCAUUACACAAUCCCAAUCUCUAUCCUUCCUCAAUAGUCCAUUCACUCCAGAAGCUAGUUCAACAAAGAAGCGUGCCAUUCAUGCUCAUAACACUCCGUCUAAUGGCAAAGACGAAUCAUUCACCAUGCUUAACCUCAGUGAAGACGACAACACUCCUCAAAAAGAUAGCAAAAAGGUGAAACUCAAAUGA